ACCAGCACAUUAGACAGUUUUUAAAGGCCAAAAUAUGUUUACAUGUAAAUUAUAUUAAAACUGAAAUUAUUUGACAAAAAUAAAUGGAUACACAUUUAGUCGUGGAAUUAUGUAUAUUAUUAUUUAUAAUAGUGAUCGCGAGAAUUUUGUUUUUGAUCCACAAAAACACUACAGGAUACAGUAGAUAUGCAUCUGAAAAGAGAAUUAAAGCUUGUAAAACUGUAAUAUGUAUAGGUUCAGGUGGACACACUACAGAGAUGUUGUCUUUAAUAGAAAAUAUAGAUUUUAAUAAAUAUUCUCCAAGGUACUACAUAAUUGCCAGCAGUGAUACUACUAGCUUAACCAAAGUGGAAAAAUUGGAAGAAAGUAAAUCUUCGAACGGCGACAAUGGAGAGUACUAUAUUACAAAGAUUCCUCGCAGUAGGGUAGUGCAUCAAUCAUAUUUUACUUCAAUCUUUACCACUCUAUUUUCUAUACUUUACAGCAUUCCACUUGUAUUAAAAAUACGACCAGAUCUCAUUUUAUGCAAUGGCCCUGGUACUUGCAUUCCCAUUUGUGGACUAGGUUUUUUGUUGAAAUGUGCCUUCAUAACAAACACAAAAAUUGUUUUCAUUGAAAGUUUUUGCAGAACGAAAACUUUAUCCCUAACUGGUAAAAUUUUGAUUUACUUGGCGGAUAACUUUUUAGUGCAGUGGCCUAGUUUGAAGCAAAAAGUUAAGAGAGCUGACUAUAUUGGUCAAUUAAUGUGAUAUGUGUAAG